AUGAACCUCCAAUCCCUCCCCUCCGAGCUCAUCCUCUCCAUAACAGCCCACAUCCCAUCCACCUUCGACCUCUACGCCCUCUGCCUCACAAGCACCCAACUCUACCGCGUCGCCAUCUCCGCCCUCUACCGCGCCAACAUCCAACACCACUACAACACCGCCCUCCAAUGGGCCUCCAUCUACAACCUCCCACACCUAACCCGAAACAUGCUCGCGCACGGCGCCCGCAUCAACACCAUCCGACGCCCGCCCAUGAAAGAACUCCCCGCGUCGUUCGCCACACGCUGUCCAAGUUUCGCGAGCGACACAAACGCCACACUUUCCGGGAAAGCGCAGCAGAGGAAUAACUCGACGCCGUUGAUCUUUGCGGCCGCGGCCGGGUAUACGGAGGUUGUGCGCGCGCUGUGUGAGCAUCCGAAUAGGGAGACGAAUGUGGAUUGGGAGAAUGAGGGUGGAUAUAGUGCGCUCAGCGCGGCCGCGAGGGGCGGGUAUACGGAUGUGAUGGAGUUGUUGGUGGCGAGGCGGGCGAAGGUGGAACGGACGACGACGACGGAGUUUGAUAUCAUUCAUGAUGCGACGGAGGCGGAAUGCCCUGAGGGUCCGUUGCGGGUGCUGGUGAAGCAUGGGGUGCCGGUGGAUAAGAGGAUGAAUCAUUAUAAGGACUGUUAUGGCGAUACGCCGCUGAGGGCAGCGGCGAAGCGAGGGCGGACGGCGGCGGUGGAGGCGCUGCUGAGGCUGGGGGCUGAUUUGAGGCUGAGUGAGGAGAAGCAUCACACGCCGUUGUUUGAUGCGGUGAUGAAUGAUCAUGCGGAUUUGGUGAGUCUGUUACUGGAUCACGGGGGAAGGAUGAUGCCGAACGCUCGACGGGGGUGGUCGCCGCUGGAGUGUGCGGCGUAUUAUGGGAGUAUGGAGGUGGCGAAGAGGUUGCUUGAACGGGGGGCAGAUAUCAAUGCGCCGGAGACAGGGAAGCUGACGCCGGUUUGGUGGGCGACGAAAUCGCGGAAGACGGAGAUGGUGAGGAUGUUGGUUUCGAAGGGCGCAGAUACGGAGGCCACAUGGCCUACGGAGACGCCGUUGCGGAUUGCAAUGCGAGAGUCGCGCCGUGAGACAGCCGAGAUUCUAAUCGAUCAUGGAGCGAACGUGGAUGAAAUCAGUGACGACGAAACGCCGGUGCUGUGGUUUGUGGCAACCCGAGGAUGCGAGAAUCUAGUGGCGAGGCUCUUGGGCCAAGGAGCAGAUCCUAACACCCGACGGCGGCACAGAUCGGUGCUGUGUGGUGCUAUACAGGAAGGUCAUACAGGGGUGGUGAGGCUGCUGUUGGAGUACAAGGCGGACGUGAACACGAUGGACAAAACCAAAUCGGCCGAAAGAUACAAGCCCAUUUCGGCACUGGCGUGGGCAGUCUGGUCAGGCCGGGAAGAGAUCGCGCGAUUAUUGAUUGAUCAUGGAGCGAACGUGAAUACGGUGGGAUGGGGGCGACAGCUGAGGCCCUUGUUGACGGCGACGAUUCUGGAAGGCCGACAUCUCUAUACGAAGAUGUUGCUGGAAAACGGAGCGGAUGCGAAUCCACUCGAUGGCCGUGGAAAUUCACCAUUAUUCAUCGCAAUCGCGAAUGACUAUACAGAAGUAGUGAGGUGGUUGCUGGAACAUGGAGCGGACGCAAACGAACGGAAUGGGCAGGGGGACUCACCGUUGCGCUUUGCCCUCUGGGGAGGAUUGUUCGUAAGAGAAAAACAUUGGGGAGUGGCGAAGUGCUUGCUUGAACAUGGGGCGAACGUGCACGAGGAGAUUCGCGGCGAAACGAUAUUGUCCAGAGCGAUGCGGUGGGGAGAGGGAAUGCAGAAUCUCCUGCAGGAAUACGGGGGUGAGGUGACUUAA